AUGUUGGUAGAACCGCGACAUAUCCAGAACCACUCGGAGGGCGGUGACACCCAGGCCCAUUGGGGGUAUCCAGAUCGCGUGGUCCCUUGCAAGAAUGAUGCGGGGUCGUGCGCCUAUCUCGACGUUGUGUAUCUUGCCCAUGAUCUGGGCAUGUUGUACAUGGGGAUCCUUUGGGCAACGAUAUUUGGCGUCAUCUUCGUCUGGGUGUUGCUGAGGAGAGCCGGCCGGCCGGCCGUUCAAGGGGCACUGCAAAACUCAAAAUCGGACCAGGGCGCCUUUGGCAAACUACGGAAAACGACGGCUGUUGUCUCGAGGCGAUUCUUGUUACGCGAUGCAAAUCACUUUCUGUUUGGUCGUACAACGCGCUUCCAGGUGGCUGUGUUGGCUCUCUUGUCCGGAUAUCUCUUCGUAUGGAGCUUCCUGGGCAUCACAUACAAGACUUGGGUCACGCCCGUGAAGAACAUGCCCGGGGUGUACAACACGCGAACGAGUCUAGGCCCUUGGUCCGAUCGCGUGGGAGUAAUCGCCUACGCACUCACGCCGCUGUCCAUCCUGCUCAGCAGCAGAGAAUCACUACUCUCCGUCCUUACGGGCGUGCCGUACCAGAGUUUCAACUUUCUACACAGAUGGCUAGGCUACAUCAUUGUCAUCCAGUCUCUUCUUCACACCAUUGGAUGGCUCAUCAUCCAGUUGAAUCUGUACCAGCCCCAGCCUAAAGUUAGUCUGGAGUGGAUCGUGCAGCCGUACAUCAUCUGGGGCAUUGUGGCCAUGAUUCUGCUUCUCAUCAUGUUCAUCCUCUGUACGCCGUGGGGGAUCCGAGCCACGGGAUAUGAAUUCUUCCGCAAGGCGCACUACGUUCUGGCCAUGGUAUACAUUGGAGCGUGCUGGGCACACUGGAACAAGCUGGAGUGCUUCCUGGUCCCGGCCUUUAUUCUAUGGGGUGUUGACAGAGGCGCCAGGUUUGUGAGGACCGGCCUGCUGCACUACCACCCUACUUCAUCGGCGUACGCGGGAUUUAAGCCAGCCCAAGCGCUGAUUACGCGAUUUCCCGACGCGGAACACGGUGACAUUGUCAGGUUGGACUUGGAGAACGAGCAGGAUGCGUGGAAGAUCGGCCAGCACUACUAUUUGUGCUUUACCGAGUCAAGCAUCUGGCAGUCUCACCCGUUUACGCCUCUGAAUGCACCCGUCGUGGAGAAGGGCCUGGAGCUCGCCGCCAGCCAGCACGAGACUGUUGCCACUCCCGUUCUUCUCACAGGCGGUUACGGAGAAGACCUCCUCGAGAAGAUCGACCGAGAUACAAACAUCAUCUGCAUCGCUGGCGGCACAGGCAUCGCCUACGUCCUCCCCGUCCUCCUGCACCUAGCUCGUACCAGAUCGCCAUCGGAUCGCAAAACCGAGCUCAUCUGGGCGAUGCGACACUCCCGCAACGUAGAUUGGGUCAAGGACGAAAUGGCUGUUUUGCGCAAGGCCCAGAAGGAGAUGAACCUGACAAUCUCUCUCUUUGCCACAAGAGACGCUGCUGGCAGCGGCAAAGAGAACCACCAACCGGAAGAUGCGGACAUUGUCUCAUCCUCAUCAGACGACGUUUGCCCGUGCGACGAGAAAACAGCUUGUUCGCCGGGGAUUACUGUCGACAAAAUCGGCGACGGGGCGGACGAUGAGAGUCGGCACCCGGAUUUGAGCAAGAUGGUCGGUACGUUUGUGGAGGGCACCGUCGCAGGUAGGACAGUCGUCUUUGCAAGCGGACCCGGAGGCAUCAUUACAGACCUGAGAAGCAUAGUUGCCAGCUUGAAUGUUCCCGGGAAGGUAUGGAGGAGGGAGGACAGGUUUGAUGUCGAGUUGGUUUGCGAUGACAGAUUAGAAUGGUAG